AUGUCAACUAUUCGAACUAAGAUUUCGACGACUGCAUUUAUUCAACAAGAAAUAGUUAAAAUUAUUAAGAGAUUUAAAUUUGAGGAAUUAGAAACAUCGAUAAUGCCAAUUUUUCCAGAAAUAUCAUGGAGUAAUGUAAGAUAUGAACUAGUAAAAAGUCGCAGUAAAUUUUCAUCAGCUAAUGUAGCACAACUUAUUAAAAUAGCUACAACUGAAGCCAAUGUUCAAGCAAAGGUUUUAAAGGAUCGUUUGUCAACAUUGCAAUUAAUUGAUGUAAGUUGGCACAGUAAACGAAAAAUUUGGUGUGCUUACACGCUAAUAGGUUUUAAUAAAUCUGCAAAUUACAUCACAAACAGAGAACUUAGAAAUGAAAUACAAAAUUAUUUGGACUCAUUAGAUAUUAAAGUCAAUGUAAAACUAAAUACACACAAUGGUAUUACAUAUAUCUCUGUAACAAAGGAAAAAUAUGGAAUCAAGAAAAGGGAAACUUUCUUUUUUGCUUUAUUUAUGGACCAGAAGUAUUUAUUUUGCCCUAAGAACAAUGUUUCAUCCAAUAUUUUGAGUGGCAUAGUAAGAAGUUUGGGCUACAAAGAUUUUAAAAGAUUUAAAUUAGAAGGUAAAGAUCUUGAAUCACUGAGCAAAUUGUGUUGGCAAAAGAAAGAAGGAGCGAUAAACCUUGAAAAUAUUAAUCAAACCUUUGUGUACAAAGAUGCUGCACCUGAGAAAAGGAAGGCAGGUAUAGAUUUUACUCAACAGAAACAAAGAAAAAGAUACAUGGAGAAAUGUUUUGGUGCAAAUUCUCCUACUUUAGAGUUACUUGUGAUAAAUGCACCAAGUAUGCCUGUGAUAGAUAAAGAUGUAUCAACAAAUUUAUCAAAUGAAAAUAUUCGCGCAACAUGGGAAUUUCGUAGUCAGAAUAUUGCCACAUAUUUAACAAAAUUGGUAGAACGACGUAUUCUGAUUACACCUGUGCCUGAUUAUAUAUCAAAUCUAAUGAUAUUAGGGAAAAAUCGAUUAACACUUCAAAGAGAUCAAUGA